AUGUACGGAGAGACUAUCGAAAAGUUUAUAGAUAUGCUUCGAAAAAAGCAAAUUAUUUUCAUUUCAAAUGGAGAAGUGAAAGGAAUAAACCCAGCUUUUCCAAGUAUCCACAAGUCACUAGAAUUAGUACUAACAAAAGACGUAUCGAUCAAAAAAACACCAACAGGAUUCCACUUAGAGAACAUAGUUAACAACUUUGUGCCAUUUGAAGAAGCAUUUUUCAUGAAAGAUGCAACAAAAAUUAAUAUUCUAGCAAUAACAACUAAUGUGAAGCCGGCAAUCAACUAUAUUACAAGACACAACAAAUCAGACAAUAGGAGGGAAAUCACACUUAUGGAUAUAAGUGGAAUGCCAAUGCGUGCAACUUUAUUUGGAGAUUUGGCUACAAAUGAAGGAUCAAUUCUUGAAGCAGAAAUCAAAUAUAAGCCUGUAAUAGCAUUAUCAGAUUUUAAAAUCUCUAUAUAUCAAGCUGCAAAAGCAAAAGGAUCUCCAUCAACACUUUUUAAAAAUGUCAAGGAAAUUCAUAUUAGUGAUAUUAUGCAAACAUCACAAAAUUCGAUACAGGCACAAUAUUGCAUAUUUAAGGAAAAGAUAACUACUAUUUUAAAUAGGCUCGAGCCAUGGUUCUAUUCUUGCAAAGGCUGUGACAAGAAGGUUGAUAAAAAUGUUAGUAAAGAGUGUCUGAAUGACAAAUACCGCAGAAUCAUUGAUGACCCAGUACCAAGGUACUUAGUUAAGAUUCUCGUGGAAAAUGACACGGAUAAUGCAAGAGUAACACUCUUUGACGCAGCAGAAACUCUUAUUGGAUGCAAAAUUGGCAAUGUCUCCGCGUCGAUCUCGUCCCCGGAGGAGCCGUUCUCGUUCACAGCAUAG